AAUUGAUUAUAAAGCAAUGAAUGCUCGUGGAUUAUGUUCCUCAUUCUUCUCCGCAAAAAUAGGAAGAAAUUAAAAGUUAGAAAAAAUCAACAUUUUUCCCAUUCUUUUGUGAGUUUGAGAUUCUGUUCUCUCUCGUGGAUUUGUUAAUUCGGUAAAAUGUGUGUUUCAAAGAUGAAGAUGAUACGCCAUGAGCAUGUUUCUUACUAACCCCCAAUAAACGAGAAGAGGGCUUUUCAAGAACGUAGCAGACGCAUUCUCUCGAUCCUCUGAUUCUUUUGAUUUUGUGACGAAAUCUUUUCGCGUAGAUUCAUCAAUGUCGGUUCUUUCAUCUCGGACAGGAAGAGAUCGUCAACGUUACGACAACAAUUUCCGUCUCGUUUCUGGAUGCAUUCCGUAUAGGCUGAUUAAAGAUGAGGAAACUGAAGAAGACACAACAAGUGUUGACUUUGUCAACAAACUUGAAGUUCUUAUGGUUUCAUCUCCUAAUCGUCAUGAUCUUGUCUUCCCAAAGGGAGGAUGGGAAGAUGAUGAGACUGUUCUUGAAGCUGCUUCUCGUGAAGCCAUGGAAGAAGCAGGAGUUAAAGGAAUACUUAGAGAAGUCCCUUUAGGAGUUUGGGAAUUUAGAAGCAAAAGUAGCAGCUUGGAAGAUGAAUGUUUUGGUGGAUGCAAAGGAUAUAUGUUUGCAUUAGAUGUAACCGAAGAACUUGAGGAUUGGCCAGAACGAGAGAAUCGCGAGAGGAAAUGGUUGAAUGUUAAAGAAGCAUUGGAGCUGUGUCGGUAUGAGUGGAUGCAGAGAGCACUUGAAGAGUUUUUGAGGGUAAUGGAAGAAGAAGAAGAAGGAAAACUGAGAACAGAGGAGGAAGAGACGGUGCAGGAUUCUUCAAAUAAGCUAGAGGAGUGUCAAAUAGAUCCUUGGCACUGUUUUGUAGUUAAUUAGUUUUUCUAUUAGCUUUUGGAUUCUAUUAAAAAAUGAGAAGCAUAACGACUUCAGACACAUGUGAUAUAAUCCUGAUAUCAUUGUCUGUUCUAUCUCUAGAUAUGCAAUUUGGACACCAAAUGGAAGAAGACAAAAAUAAAUGAACUAAUCACACACAGUUCAAUGCUUAAUGAUUG